GGUGAAUGAAGAAACAGAGCAGAGACAAAACGAGAGGCAGAGAAGGAGGGUCUGAGGAGCGCCACGCCUCAGGAGAGGAGAAAGGUCUCUGCCUCCGGAGGAAGUGAUUGUGACGGAGUCUCUAGCGGGAGGAAGCAGGCAGAUUAGCUGCUUUUCCAUGGCUCAGUCUGCUGCUAAUGGUGUGGACCAGGACUUGGCCACCAAGAGGCUGCAUUCAAGGAUGGAGGCCUCUUGUUUGGAGUUGGCCUUGGAAGGUGAGCGGCUAUGCAAGGCAGGAGACUUUAAAGGAGGAACAGCGUUUUUUGAGGCGGCUGUGCAAGUCGGCACAGAAGACUUGAAGACCCUCAGUGCCAUCUACAGUCAACUUGGCAAUGCCUACUUCUACCUCAAGGAGUAUGGAAAAGCCCUGGAAUACCACAAACAUGACCUUACCCUGGCCAGAACCAUAGGUGACAGAAUUGGAGAAGGGAAAGCAAGCGGUAACCUGGGUAACACUUUAAAAGUGUUGGGCCGCUUUGAUGAGGCUGUGGUCUGCUGUCAAAGACAUCUGGAUAUAUCUCAAGAGCAGAGCGAUAAGGUGGGAGAGGCAAGAGCUCUGUACAACAUUGGGAACGUGUUUCAUGCAAAGGGAAAACAGCAGCUGUGGGGCUGCACCCAGGAACCAGGCGAGCUGCCCUCCGAUGUCAGAGAGACACUGCAGAAGGCUACAGGCUUUUACGAGAUGAACUUGUGUUUGGUGAAGGAACUUGGUGAUCGAGCUGCUCAGGGGAGAGCGUAUGGGAAUCUGGGAAAUACUCACUACCUGCUGGGGAACUUUGUUGAAGCUAUUAAGUUCCACCGUCAGCGGUUAUCCAUUGCCAAAGAAUUUGGGGACAAAGCAGCAGAACGUCGAGCUUACAGUAAUCUUGGUAAUGCCCUGAUAUUCCUGGGACAGUUCAGCACUGCCACAGAAUACUACAGAAAAACUCUGCAGCUUUCCCGCCAGCUGAGGGACCAAGUGAUGGAGGCUCAAGCUUGUUACAGCCUUGGAAACACCUACACUUUACUGCAACAGUAUGAGAGGGCUGUAGACUACCACUUGAAACAUCUGUGUAUAGCCCAAGAACUUGACGACAGGGUUGGCGAGGGACGUGCCUGCUGGAGUCUGGGAAAUGCGUAUGUGUCUUUAGGAAACCACAAACAAGCUCUCCAUUACGCCAGGAAGCACCUAGACAUCUCAAAGGAAAUCGGUGAUAGAAAUGGGGAGCUAACAGCAAGGAUGAAUGUAGAGCAACUGAUGGAGGCUUUGGGAGUCAACGAGGGGGAUCUUUCUCCUUCCAGUUCAGAGUUUGAAAUGCAAGGAGCAAGACCAAAAAUCACCAAGAGAAACAGUAUGGACAGCGUAGAGCUUUGGAAGUACUCUACAGAUAAGAAUGAUGACAACCAAAACUUGGAAAAUAUGCAGAGAAAAUCCAGGAAUCUGCUGUCACAAGCUGGUAAAAUGAAAGGCUACUCAGACAGUCAGUCUUCUGAUGAAAGGCCCUGGUUGGACUCUCCUGUUGACACUGAUGAUAUCACUGUUUCUGUGUCUAAACUUGGCCGCAACCCCUCCGAUGAGGACUGCUUUUUUGACCUUCUCAGCAAGUUCCAGAGCAGCCGCAUGGACGAUCAGCGCUGCCAUCUUGAUGAGCCACAGAACGGAGACAACAGAGAAGGUGCUAAUAACACGUCCCUAAAUGAGAUGAUAGAUCCUGCAAUUACCACAUCUCCUCAGACUGAGGAGCUCUUCGACCUGAUUGCUAGCUCUCAGAGCCGCCGCCUUGAUGAUCAGCGUGUUAGUGUUGGAAACCUCCCUGGCCUUAGGAUUACUCAUAACAACCUGGGACAUUUGGUUGGCGAGGGAGAUCUUCAAGAGCCCAGCGACGACUUCUUCAACAUGCUUAUAAAGUGCCAGUCCUCAAGGAUCGACGAUCAGCGGUGCUCCCCCCCAGAAGCUGGCCCUCAUGCCCCCACAGUGCCUGAUGAAGAUUUCUUCAGCCUAAUCCAGAGGGUCCAGGCCAAGCGUAUGGAUGAGCAGCGUGUCCAGCUACCCUCAGAUGACCAGGACGGCUCUCACUCCCCUGACCAGGAGCCACCUGGUGACUUUCCAAGCUAGGACUUGGUGAUUAAAGCUGCACAAUUUGUCAUGUAAUUUACAAAAACAAAGGAAAAGCACUAGAGAAAGAAAAAGAUGGAUAAGAGUAGACAGUAAAAGAUGGUACUGAUGGGUAAAAUAACCAGUUUAUUAAUGAGAGAAAUUAAAUGUGCAAUAGGUGGUGUUUUAUUAAAUGUUACUUGAUGUAUUAUGUAUUUAGGGUGUGUAAAUAUAAUUUUUAAACGAGCAAAAUGACUCUGGAAGUUUGCAAGAAAGUUUAGGUGUGACGUAACAAGGAUAGAAACGGUGUAUAUACCCAGUCUAAUGCCUUAAUAAGAUGGUUUCCAGACCUGAGAUUGUAUUCCCCAGUGUCGGAUGCAUUGCUGAAUGCAGAGAAUGGGCAUACAGUAUGAUGUGAGAGUAAAGUUUCUAAACUGUGUUACAAUGGGAGGUGUGAACUGACGUUUAUUAACAUGCAUUCUAAUGUUCAGAAACAUUUCUUUCAAUGUUUUGCUGAUUCAUGCUGCUUAUGUCUGGUUUCCACUUCUCAGUGUUGUUUGAUUAGUAGCAGUAUUAAUGUUUGCCAAACCUAUUUGGUCAUUUUAGUUAUUAGACUGAUUAUUUCACUUUAUAGUAUUUCUUACCAUCUUGGACAAAUCAUUUUGAUUUAUUGAAGUAUUCAUUCACUGCAAAAAUAGAAAUCUAAAUAAGUCAUUUUUUUCUUAAAUAAUUGCCUUUUUUCUUAACUUUAGGAGGUAAGUGAGACACUGUGCCAAUGCAACAAGACAAUUUACAUUUAAGAUAAGAAACAAUAAUUGUAUUGUCUCAUUUCGAGUGCAUAUUAUCUAAUUAUCUUAUUUUAAGGGUAAAAAUUUUUAAUUUUAAUUUUUUGGGCAAAUAAUCUUAUGUACCUACUGAAAUUAAGGGUAAAUACACUUCAUUUAAGAAAUGCUCACUUAUUUCUAGAUCUUUUUUGCUGUGUUGGCACCUCUCUGGCUUAAAGGGCAAAUAACCUAAACAGCUUAUUUACGGAUAAAGGCCAGAGUUUUAAACUUCAAUUAUUUUAAAUGGUUCUUUAUUUUCAUUAUUUCUCUUCAAACUGAUGCUUUUGGUUGUCUCUGAAGUUGAGAACAUCUUCCAGCAAACUAAGUUUUAUCGCUAAUGAAAAGUGUUAAAAGACAAAUAUGUUUUGUGUCUGGUACUUACACUAUAUUAUUACCAAAGUAUUUGCUCACCUAUCCAAAUUAUUGGAAUUAGGUGUUUCAAUUCCUUCUAUGGCCACAGGUGUAUAAAAUCAAUCACCCAGGCAUGUAGACUGUUCUUACAAACAUUUGUUAUAGAAUGGGUUGCUGUCUCAGUGAAUUCCAGCGUGGAAUGGUGAUAGGAUGUCAUCUGUGCAACAAAUCCAGUCGUGAAAUUUCCUUGAUACUGAAUAUUCCAGUCAACUAUCAGAUGUAUCACAAGAAAAUGGAAGUGUUUGAUAAUGAAAGCAAGGAAGGAGUGGAUCAUGUAAACUGACAGCGCGGGGUCAGCGAAUGCCGAUGCGCAUAGAACAAAGAGGUCGGCAUCUUUCUGCAGGUUCAAUCACUAAAAGCCUCCAAACUUUAUGACAGAAAGCUUCAGUUAUUAAGCCAGUCUUCGAUCAGCUGAUCUCAUAAGCAGAGCUAAAUAGCAGUUUGGUGGAGGGGGGAUUAUGGUGUGGGGUUCCCUUUUGGGAGCUGGGCUUGGCUCCUUAGUUCCAGUGAGAGGAACUUGGAAUUCUUCAGCAUACAAUGAGAUUUUGGACAAUUAUAUCUUUUUUAUUUAUUUAUUCCAUUCUCCCAACUUAGUGGGAAGUUUGAAGAUGGCCCCUUCCUCUUUCAACAUGACUUUGCACAAGUGCACAAAGCAAGGUCCAAAAAGACAUGGAUGGCAAGGUAUGAAGGGAAUGACCUUGACUGGCACCUAAUGGCACCCCUUUUGCAUGAAUUAGCAGAGACUGAAAGCCAGGCCUUCACGUCCAACAUCAGUGUGUGAUCUAGCAAAUCCAUUUCCAGAAGAAUAGUUAAAAAAUUCCUAUAAGUACACUCCUAAACCUUGUGGACCACAUUUCCCGGAAGAUUUAAGGCUUUUUCUAUUGAUCAGAAAUGGGAUGUCACUUAAUAUGUGAGUUUUUUUUGUUUUUUUUGUCAUUACGCUGUCACAAGUACAGAGCUAUGAUAUGAACUCUCACAUUUAAGAACUCCCCUUAGGGAGCAGUGGGCUGCCAUUGUGCAGUGCCCCGGGAGCUGUGUGGGGUUAAGGGUCUUGCUCAGGGACCCAUAGUGGCAGUCUAUGGGAGUGGGGCUUGAACUCAGAACCUUUUGAUUCCAAGCGCAAUGCUCUAACCUCCUAAGCCUCAACCCCCCUACAGUCAAUGCAGGUGAGCAAAUACUUUGCUCCACUUUCUCUGUGGCCUGAACCUUUACUGCGUCUUUGAGCUGAAGGGGUGCAGUCUUUACUAUGAAUGACAUUGAGAUUCAUUUCCAGAGUUCUGUGUGAUUUCUUUUGUUCUAUUAAUAACAAAUAUUAUUGUAAAUGCUUUAGAAUAAUCAGUUACACAACAGUAGUAUAUUUCAGUGUGGUAGUUAUUUAGGGAGUUAUUGAUUAGGCAUGGGCUGGUAUAGGAAUCUCAGGGUAUGGUAAGACCUCCAUGGAAUUGCAGUAACUUGACAUUUACACCAAACAAAUAUUUGCUCUCAUUACAUGUAUUCAAGCCAGGAAAGAAGCAAGUAUUCAUGCUGCUGCAGAGUUUGUUGCGUCCUUGGUUAAGACACUUCACCCACUUUGAUCACUGUUGGUGGUCAGAGGUUCCAGUGGUGCCAAUUGUGUUGCAGCCUCCCUUCUGUCAUUCUGCCCAAGAGCAGCCGGGGCUACAAUGUAGCUACGCUCAUCAGAGCAGGAAUGACUGAAUAUAGUGUGAGGUGCUUUAGUCAUCUGACAUGAAAAAGUGCUGUAGAAAAACGCAUUUUCUGACUGUGCGCAGGAGCAGAUGGGAGUGGGACAACUUUUUUGUAACCAUCCAAGAAAUCUGUGCCAAAAAAUAAAACUUAAUUUAAAUCAAGAUCAAUUUUAGCAGCUUUGAGAACAGUCCCCCCCCCCCCUAAACUUUAGUUAUACCUCAUGAGAGGUUACCAGCCCAUGUCUAAGUUCAGACUGCACAUAAGAAGCUGAAAUUAAAACCUGCUACAGAGCUUCUAUUUAAUGGUACUGAGAUUAUAUUUAACUAACUUUAGGCUUUCCUUUUUAUUCAAAAGUUUUGCAUACCUCAUAUUUGAACCUCAAAGUUCAUACCCUGUAGUUAAAUUGUAAAGGUCGAGCAUCUUGGACCACAUUUGAAUAUUUGCUCAAAAUUUCUUUUAUAUUAAACAUAUUGGGAGCUGCAUUUAAUAUAUUCUUUUUUUUUUUUUUUUUUUUUUUUUUGUAAAUUACAAGUUUUAAGAAAAUGUAUCUGGAAUGCUUUUAACUGUCUUUGCCAUAAUAUGUACAUAAAAAAUAUAUUUUGUAUUUAUGUUCCUUUCAAGGACAUGAAUAUGUCGCCUCAUGCUUUUAAUAAAAAGUUUUGGAUGUUGA